CCUUCCCUGAGAUCGUUCACUCCAUCUGACAAGGAAUUGUGGUCUUUUUUAUCUACGAUUGAGGAUAUCAUUCACAAUGACUGUGGAAGAUCUUCCCUUUUGGCUUGUCAAUGUCCCGCGUGAUCAAUGGCCGGCUACUUGUCCUGACUUUUUGAUUAACGCGAACCCAAAAGAUCAGCGUAUUUUGAGCACACCUGACCAGGAAUACCACCGGCUGACUUGGGCUGAGGUCCAAGAUAUCGUCAAAAGCAAUCAGAUUGGACUUUUCCAGCGAGCGCCCUCUGAUCUCAGAAAAUACUUGGCCUACAGCGCCAAGUUAAAGAAAGAAUAUGGCGCCGUGGUGAAUUUUGUGCUCAAAGAGAGACUGCAAUGGGCUGACCUGAUACCCAAAGGUCCGCCCUUUACCAAUCCAGACGACAUCAAGAUUCUCUAUAAUGACUGGCCUUAUGGAAUUGACAAGAGAAUCGUCCACCUCGUGGUAUGGACAAAAUUUGAAUUAAACGAAGACCCUACAACCGGAGAUCUCACCUCUGAGGCGCGUCAAGAGAUUGAAGAUUAUGUGCAAAAGACAUUUUGCUCACAGGUUGAUCCAAGAAAUGUCAUUUGGUUUAAGAAUUGGAGAUCACUCAAGUCUGUUCAUGCCAUUGAGCAUUUCCAUGUGAUGCUUUUCGACGCAGACCCUGUCUUUCUCCGACGAAUUACUAAUGGCGAUGUGCCGCUGAGCGAAAAAGUCGGAUCAGCUGUAGUUCCGGGCGACGGAUAAGAUGUCCAUAGAGUGGCAUUGCUUAUGCAAAGGAGUCACAUGAUCAGGUGUAAGGAGUCAUUUGUGAUACGAAUAGAAAGAUGACGGUAGGGCGUGGGAUAUAAGACCAUGUAUAUUUCUUUUCAGCAGCACUGAUAUCAUACUCUUGAGCUUAAUUAUAGAAUUGAAUAAAUAUUGAUUGAC